AUGCGCCUCCGGCUGUGGGUGGUGCUGCUUGGCGGACUCCUUUGUGCUGCACACGCCGGAGCUGCGGGCUGCACAGACGGCUUCAACCUGGAGGAGGCACGUUGCAAGGCCUGUGGCCGCUGUGGACCACUAGAGAUUGGAGAUGAAGGAUGUCACCUCUCCAAUUGCAGUAUUCAGCUCAGCUGUGGUAACGAGACGGAGCAGAUUUGGUUUGAGCCUUUGCUGCCCUGCGACCAGGAGGAGGAGAGCUGUCACUCAGCGAGUUUGGGAUCGGCGCCGGUGGAGUACUGCUUGCGGAGACAACAAAGCGAGUGUAUCUGUAUGUUCGUGAGGGUGAGGUUGGAGAAGACCUACCUGACAGGAUGCGUGGACUCAUGCACUUCCCAGGGACAACUGGAAAAGAUGGCUGCCUUGGGGUCGCUGCUGGUCUUCAUGGUCACUGGUGCGGCCUACCUGGUACAGCCAGGUUUCAUCUACUCGGUGCCCCCCGUUUUGGAGCUGGGCUUGUUCUGA